CCGAGGAGUUCUGCCAUUUGCGCGUCGGUACGCAACAGUAGUGUUACAAGAGAUCUCUCGUGUGCUCAUACACAGUGUGAAAAAAAAUUUUUCAGUGUAUUUAUCUACAAGUGCUUCCGUUUUAAUUAACAACAAAUCAAUCACAAUGGCUGAUGUUGAAGCAAAAGAAACCAAAGUUGUCAGCACACCUGAGAAGGAGAAGAAGGUGGUAGAAGAAGAGAAACCAGUGACAAAGGUUGUUGAGGAGACUGAUGAAGACUCCAAAACUUCCGAGAAUGGAGAUGCCACAGAGACCAAAGAAAAUGGCUCGACUGAAGAAAAAGAAGUCGAUGAGAAAGAGGAGGAGACGCCAAAGAAUGGUGACUCCACAGAUGCUCCAGUCGACACCUGUUGUAUAAAGAGGAAAUCAGUUGGCGCUGAUUUGACUGAUGAUGCAUCAGCGGACGGUGCCAGUCCCGAAAAGAAAGCAAAAUUAGAUGAGAAACCAGCUGAAGCCGAGAGCAACGGUGCAGCCGAAGCCACGGCCUAAUGUUUCUGUAGUCCCUCUUUAUUAUCCAUAGACCUGAUCUAUAGACACAGUUUUUCACCAUCUAAACGUGAUGUCAGAAUGCAAAACAUAAUCAUCAGUGCAUCGCCAUAAUAGAACGAGUGUCGAUCGCAAAACUCUGAUAUUGUUUACGAUUACGUAUUUGUGUUGAGAGUGGCCGUGUGUAUGUUAAGUACCAAGAUCUUUCGCAUCAUAAGCGUUCAAAAAAAAAAAAGGCCAAUGCUAUACAAACACGUGAUAGCAUUGCACACAUACAUAUGAUAAAAAAAAAUUUAUUACCCUCGUUACACAAAUUUAAGACAAAAAAAAAAACGUAUUCAAAGCAUGAAAUAGCGCUUAAGCGCGUAUAAUGCAUAUUUAAAAACUUUUUUUUAUAUAUUAUAUAUAAAACAGAGCGAUCGCAGAGUUUCAUUCUCAAAAAAAAGCACGAGUUGAUUGUUGAAAAAAAUGUGUUAUUUUCUCCUUUUUUUUAUCAACACUCGAGUCGUUGACUUUUUUUCUUUUUUGAGACAUCCAAUAUCGGAUGAUCGCAUUGUGUAAAACGCAAUUUGAACUAAUCUCUUCAUAAGUUGUAAUACAUUCCUAUAUAUAAAAAAAAUUUGGUAAAAAAAAAAUAUGUUAAAGAGAUCAGUUUUCGACGAAUGUGAAUUACGCUGUUUUUUGUACAAUGCUGAUCCCGAAAUAUAACGUUACUUAAAGUCUGAUUUUAUUGCGAAAGUAUUAAAAUGGUGAAAAAAAAAAUAAUACAAUUCACUGCGUUUUACUGGCAGACAUAGGUGCACAAAUUUUUUUUUUUCCUCGACGCAGUUCAAAAGAUUCUUUAAAACUGCGGUGCAUUCGUAAAACUUAUCUAGAGCAGGUCAACAUCGUUGAACCAGUUUUCAUUAUCGACGAUAUUCGUAGACAGUAUUUUCUUUUUCUUUUUUUGUUUUACAAUUUUAACCCUUGACUGGUUUUGUGUACAAUUUAAUACAUAAAUAAAUUAAUAAUAAAAUAAAAACUAGUUGUGACUUGACUUCAAAAGAAAAUUUAAUUUGACUUUAUUCAAAUUACUAGAAAACAUUGUUAAAUUUAACAAUACUUUGUAGUAAAAAAAAAAAAAUUGACAUUAAUAAAGAGAAUUUGUAUUUAGUUUAAUUAGAAAUAUACACUGCCAGUUAAGGAUUAACGUUGACGUUAGUCAUAGUCAAAGUACUUAUGAUAAAAGCAAUCCACGUUUCAAUUAUUUGAUUUUAUCAAAGGAAAAAUUUUUUUUUUUAUUUUUUAUGAACAAGGCGAUUGCAUUUAUGUGAAACUUAAAAAAAUCGUUUUUAGAUUUAUGAGUGGCAAGCGAACGAUGCGAAGAUCAAUAAUAGCAAAAAUUCAUCUGUGUAAAGUAAAGAUGUUAGUUCAACGUAUUAAAGUUGUUAGGUAAAAAAAAAAAAUAAAAAAAAAAAACAUUUUUACUAGUUCAAUCUACGUAGAUCAGUUUCUUGUAGUUAAUCGAAUCUCACUGAAAACAACUGCCACUUGACAUUAAUUAAUGUCGAAUCAAACUGGCAUUCGCUGACCUGCUAUAAGCACUUGUCGUACAAAAUUUAACGGGGUCUGUAAUAUUCAAAACAAAAAAAAAAUCUACCUAAAUAUUAAAACUAAUGUUUAGAUGAAAAUAAAUGUUAAUUACCGACUAACAACAAAAAUACUUGUACAGGAUAAUAUAUAUUGUGUAAUUCAUUGUGUUCGCUAUUCCGGGUAAAAUAAAACUGGUUGUUUCAAAUGGCAAUAA